AUGACUGAUGACGGGGCAUCUUGGAUGGUUGAAAUAACAGGUUGCAAGGCACCAUCGGGUACCGAAAUACCUAUAAAUUCAAGUCUUAUCGAUGGCAAUUAUGAAUGGAAAUGCAUGAAAAAUAAUAAUGGACAAAUUGUUAUGCAAAAAGCUUUACAUGCUAAUGCUACAUGCGGUGAUCAUCAACGUGAUGAACAGUGGCGUGAGGGAUCAUUUUUAUACGAAUGUGGAGCAGGUGGACGACAAAAAUUGGUGGCAUGUUUUGCUGAAGGUGAUGAGCAAAUAAAUAUUGGUGAAUCGAAGGAAAUUAAUGGAUAUAUUGUAAAAUGUGAAAAAUAUGAAAAUGGAACGGUUGUAAUGCAUGGAAUCCGUAAAGGAACUGAAAAUGGAACAGAAUUUCAUGUAGAAUGUAUUGAUUCGAAAGGUGAACAUCAUGCUGCUGAUUCUUGGUGGAUAGAUGAUGAACGAUUCAAUAAGACAUGCUUGCCAAAUGGUAAAAUUGAUGUAGUAAAUUGCAUUUCAAAAGAUGGCAUUGAAAUCCCACUGAAUAAAGAAAUAAUUUCUGGUGAUACUAAAUACACGUGUGAAAGAACAGAGGAUGGUGGAAUACGUUUUGCAUCCGGUCCAAUCGAUGAAGUAACCAGUAAAUAA